AUGGCCCUCCUCGGUUCUCUUGCUAUGGCGCCCCUUAGGUCUGGGUCUGGGUCUUGCUAUAUGGUGGCCGCCACGGUGUCCACCAUGGCCCUCCUCGGUUCUCUUGCUAUGGCGCCCCUUAGGUCUGGGUCUAGGUGGUCCUGCAAUAUGGUGGCCGCCACGGUGUCCACCAUGGCCCUCAUCUCUCUCCUCAAUAUCAGAAGCAACAACAAGAGUAGCGAUAGAAGCGGCGAGGAAUGCUGA